AUGAUUUCCACAGGGGUGAGUGUGGGCACGGACUGCAGCCCGUUCGCCAGACCGUGGCUCGUCUCCCUCUCCAAUGUGGAUGACCUGACUGGACAGUCGGACCCAGAGCAGAGGAUCUCAGUGGGCGAAUGGAUUAACCGCAGCAAAUACACCACCCGUCACAAGAGGAGUCCCGUAACUGACCUGGAGCUGGUGAGGUUGGCCUGGUCGGCGCGCUUCACCCCCCAGGUCCAGCCCAUAGCUCUGCCCACUCGAUGCCCACAGCCUGGGGAGCGGUGUGUGGUGUCUGGCUGGGGACCCAGUGACCCAGGGACCGGGUCGAGAAAGCAACAGUGUCUGGUCCGGGAAGUUCUCAGUGAAUCUGCCUGUAGGCAGGCACACGGGUACUGGACGGGCAAUCUGGUCUGCACUGGACCCCAGCACACCACAGAAUGCAACUGUCUGAGAGACGACAGUAGUGUUUUGGAGUGUGGAGGCGUGCUGCAGGGAGUGAAAGGUUUUGUAUUCUUAUCUGAGGGAUGCUCCACAGGGAAGCCAGACACCUUCUCCCCCAUCUGCCAGUACAGGAGCUGGAUCGACGCAAUCAUGAGCACCAACACUCCAACUGUGGGGCCGCAAAUCACAAGUCUACCCAUGACUCCAACCACAGCUUCAACCUCAACUAUACUGAUAAGCGCCGCAUGGCCUUUUGACGAUUUAUCUUAAACCAGUGUGAAAACUAGAGGGGCACGGUGCUGACAGCACCAAAGCCAUGGCUGUCAUACCAAGAAAAUACAACUUAGCCGACUGAU